GAGAAUGUUUCUUUUUACACACGAAAUUCGCUUUACGCACUCUUUUCUCAUCGUGACAUAGUUCCGUCCUUCUUUCCGUACUUUUAUCGCCUUUCUCUCACGAAAAUCUAACGAGUUCGAUCGAUUAUCUUUCUAGUUUCAGAGUGCCGGAAAGAUUGAAGGCAGAAGGAUGGCAAUCAAAUUUCAAUUUGCAUUGUAAAAGUUAUAACGGAGGUAACGAAGGACAUUAGUAGACGAAUUAUGACGAUUAAUUGAAGCAAUAAUGUCUGGCCGUGACUGAUACGAGCAGUAAUAUACACCAAAAGGAGAGGGUCGUAAAUAGUAGCCCAAAUUCUCUGUUCAACAAUCUCUUAAUGAAGACUCUAAUCACCAUCUUAAAAGUCCACGUUUCAAUUUACAGAGAAUAUAUGACAACCCGACAGCUGCUUCUCGAUUCCUGAAAUUCCUGUGUUCAUCCACGAACCGUCCAGCAACUACCUGACCAAUCAUCUAUCUCCAUACCUUCGACAACCUUGUCAAGCAACAACUAGAUCGCCUAACGGGUUACACCGUGUAAGAUAUAAUUUUAUUCGACGAUAAUGCAUUCGAGGUUAACACCUAACCCAUUGUUAUCCACUAAACGUUGCCUCUAUGAAUUUUUAUCUGUGCGUCUUGUUUGUAUUAUGUAACCCUCGUUGGACGCUCCUGGUUGCAUAUUUGUGGGCUUACAUCCGUUUGAAAACCGCGGUUCUCCAGAGCCUCCUAUAGAAGUAUUCGCGAUCAGCGAGGAAACUCCUCUCUAUCAAAGAAAGAACACCGACAACGGUCUAACAGAGAGGAACACAUAAAACUGGAGAGGAGAAACAUGAGGAAAAUACAGUCGGGCAGAGUAGAGGGGCAAGUUGUUAGGAGUAAAGAAGAGGAGAGAACGGGAGAACGAGGAGGAUACUAUAUCGCGUUCCAGCAGGGAAACAGGGAGGGAAUCUGGAAGAGGGGAAACGUCGGUGAUCGUGGAGGGGCGAAAAGGCAGCUGCAAGCAAUUGGUGCAAGGGAGAGACGCCGAAAGGAUAGAAGAAGAAGGGGACAGUGUCAUGGAGGCAGACUUGCCUGCUGGUUGUCCGUCGACCUGCUCCCUGCUUUACCUGACACCACUCGCCAGUGUUUCCAUAGCCGCGUACACCGAUGGAUCGACUCGGGAUCCUCUCGUGAGCCCGUUGAGCUCGCCACGCUCGGAUCGCCACCCUCCAAGUCGAAUAAAAACCAUUUUAUCCAUCGCGGAAUUUCGACUUGGGAAUUGGAAAGUUGUGCCGUGUAAUCCGGUGAAUCGGCGAACCGGUAAACGGGUAAACGAGAACGGAGUGAACAGAGGGAGACGAAGAGUGACACGUUGCGAUACGAUUGAUCCAACGGAGCCAACUUCUACACGCGUUUACGAGGAUCAGGACAACAAUGUGCUCGUGACACCUCUCUCUCUCUUUACUUUGGCCUGGACGGUUUUUUUCGUUGCUCGGUGAAGAAGACUAAGGAAGGAAACGGAUAAAACGUGGGCGUUGAGUGAUUGUUGUCGGUGCUAGUUUCCAUCGAGAGUCAUGAAAGAUACCAGCGAUACGAUGAAGGACGACUUGUCCGAGGACACGAUGAUGGACUGCGAGGGUGACGGAGGAGGAGGGUUGGAUCUCACGAACGACGUCGCAGAUUCAUCUCCGACUAUUCGAGAUGCCGCGGAGAGGUUACUGACGUUGUUGGGCGUGGACGAGGAGAACGAGGACCUGAUGUCCUCGUCCGAAGACGAGGGCGUAGAGCUGGACUUGGACGAACCGGACGACGACGAGGACGAAGAGGACAACGCCAGGUUGUUGCAUCAGUUGGUCUCUUUAGCCAAAGAACUGAAGCAACAAACUCAUCAGAAGUCGAGCAGAAUCCCUGCCAGAAGCUCUUUCAAGGACUCUAUAGAUUUCAUGGACACCAAUUGCCUGGAACGUGGUCGUCUCCCGGAGCCAAGCUUCAAAGGAAGCUGUUAUCGCAACAGUUUGCCCGAUAAGUGCCAGAAACAGGACUCCCGAUUCGUAUCCAAGGAUCAAGGAUUUCUCGAGACGCGUCAGUGUUUCGACCCCUGUUCGAGGAUGACCCAGCAAGCGGAAGGUGGCGGCCCUCAAGUAUCGGGAUCUUGGAACGCGGGGUGGGACGCGUGCACCGCGGAAGCCCUGCGAUAUCUCGUGGAAGACGAGGGACUGCAUCCUCAUCAUCCCACGGUGCUGGCCAUGAAGAGCCAUCUGGAGCUGCAGAGGGAACGGGCCUUCUUCGCUCGGUACACCGCGUAAAAUGGGUCUUAUCGAAGCGCGAGAGACGGUAUUUUUUUAAAAGCGAGCCUUCGCUUCUAUCGAGGGAGGCUUCAUCCGGCAAUCGAAAUCGAUCGAGAGGGUGUUUCUGCCCGAAUAUCGGGGCACAGGGUAAACCAGAGGCGACACUCUCUGUUGGUUAGGUUUUGUUAAAACGUUGUCUCAAAUUGGUUGCGCAAAUCUACUCUAAUAAUUUGUAAUAAAUUUUCUGUGUAUUAUACUGUCUUUUGAGCGCACCCCGAUUCUUUUUAUUUGGACAUUUAAAUUGUGUCCUCUCUCUAGGAGGAGGGUUUUAGUGUCGCCUCUCGUUAUAUCUACUCUUUGCUCGAGGAACGAAUGUGGGCGAAAUCUGUGUUCGGAGAGUAAGGUGGCCACCUGUUACCGAUAUCCUUUGAGGGAUGCUGUUUUAAGAUACCUUCCGAGAACAGUUUUCUGCUUCUUUAAGAGAGCCAUAGGUACCUACGAUUCUAUUUGUCAAUAAGAAACUCGUUUCUAGAUUCCCAAGUAUAUUUUUACCGAGACUCUCACUGCGACAUUGGAUAGAACGGUGUAAUAGGCGACAAUGUAACGAGAAUGUAUUAUAAAGAGAAGAUACGCCGUAUUCGAUACUGUUAGUAUUCUGUUUCUCUAAAUUUCGUAACGAAUUCUCGCGACGUUCUAAAAUAUAUAAUUAUUUACUUUUUAAUUAACGCGCAUUCGACACGGUGAAUGGAUGUACAAGUGCGAGAGGUUAAAACUUCAUUUACCCCGUGCCGAUGACUCUUGUAAGAGGGCACGCUGUAUGAAUUUCAAUAGCUUGUCCCACAUUCGCUAUUUCAAUCAUCUCGAGGUUUCACGAUCGUCCAACGCGACGAUCUUGCCCAAGCAGAAGUUCCUGCCAAGAUAAAGUGGAAAGAAACUCUCUUUCCAUUCAGAUUAAAACGCAUUCACCGUGUGUUUGUUAAGCAAACGACGCGCUUUCAUACGUUCGCAACCGUGAGACUGCUCGUCAAGUGGAUUCGAACUUCACCAUAACUUUGGCCAGACUGUAUGGCUGUUCGUUCUUUUCUUCGACGCGGGUUUUCGUUUCGAGCAAUUAUCGUGAGAAUGUCGCUUCUUUGAAACGUUUUAAAUAUCUUUGUUUUACCCUAAUUUCGAGUACUUACGCGUUUCAAGUACGCUAUCAAAGAUUCCUCGUUCGGUUUUUCAGUGAAGUUUCAUCGAGGAUGUUCAGAAUGACUUCAUUUUCCUACUCGAUCAAAAUCUUCUCUUCACGGUAUAAAUUGGAUCAAUAGAUCCAUCCGGUUUCUAGCAGACGGCAAAAGGAAGAUGAACUUGAUAUCCAAUGGCGUGUACGAUAAUCCACGAGUUUGCGUUCGAUCGUAAAAAAUUGACGAGUUUUUUUUUAACGUUUUCUUCCUUUUUCUCUAGCAGAGUUUUGUAUCCUUUUUAUAUAUCGCCAUUAGUUAUCUACUAUAAUCGUCGUCGUUAUUCUUCUCUUAGAAUUAUCGUCUCUCUUUUUUUUCAAUCUUUAUUACACGUAUUAUUUAUUGUAUUUGUAACGAGCUAGGAUUAAGAUGCAAGUUUUCUCUUCCGGCUUUCAAUCCAUUGGAAACGAAUGUCAAUAAACGAUGUCAAUAACGGAGAGAAAGGUUCAUACGCUGGAUCGAUAUGAACGAAGAAUACGGGUUUCUAUACCCUUCUGAAUUUCUCAAUGAAUUUCGAACUGUUUGGAAAAGUUCUGCAGAUUUUUAUCGCGUAUAAUUCACUGCGGUUCAACUCUCUGAAAUUCACUCGCUUUACAUUGAUUCUCCGAGGAUCGAAGAAUGUAAAAUAUUUUAUUUAAGACAAGAUGUACGGUUUCGUAGUCAGUGGGUUGAACAGCGACAAAAGCGCGAAGAGACGUCCGAAAUUUGAAAUAAAAUAUUCUUAGGCUAUUUUAUCGUAAGCGUGUGCGAAUUCCGAGUCAAAGAACAAUCACGAAAAGGAAAUUCUCGAACGGCGGAAUCAAGAUUUUUAUUAAACAUCUCGACAUCAAAAUUAUGGGCACUUUUCCUUAUUUUUCUAUCAAAAGGUCGAUCAUGGUUCUGCCGUGCGAGGAUUGAUAUAGAUAAAUUAUUUAAACGUUGUAUCUCAUUUAACGUUUCUCCAACGCGAAGUGCCUCCGCCUUAUUUUCCCCAUUCCGACUAAGUUCACUCCACGAAGAAAUCGAAGGAUGAGGUACAACGUUCGACGGGUGGAAAAUUGUAUACGACAAAUUCGGAUCUAGCGUUGUCCACGGAAUGUCGAAAACAUUUCCGAUUAUUCUAAAGCGGAG